GGCGGGUGGCGGGGACGGAAGGGGCUGCGGCCAGACAGCAGCUGCUGGGGGUCGCACCUUGCAGGUCCAGGGACUCCGGCUUUCGCUCCGCCCUGGUGUGGCCACCAACAUGCACUCACUUGACUCUCUGCAUCCUAGGACAUGACACAGGAGGCACAUCUCGACCAUGGGGUCCCAGCAUUCCUCCUUCACUCUCCCUUUUUCCUACAAGCGAAAGAAAGAUGACAGAGAGGAUACACUGGAUGCACGGGAGCAGGAAGAAGCCAUUGCCCAGUUCCCAUAUGUGGAGUUCACCGGGCGGGACAGCAUCACCUGUCUCACGUGCCAAGGGACAGGCUACAUUCCAACAGAGCAAGUGAACGAGUUGGUGGCUUUGAUCCCUCACAGUGAUCAGAGAUUGCGCCCUCAGAGAACCAAACAGUAUGUCCUCCUGUCUGUCCUGCUCUGUCUCCUGGCAUUUGGUUUGGUGGCUUUCUUCCUGUUUCCUCAUUCAGUCCUUGUGGAUGAUGAUGGCAUCAAAGUGAUGAAAGUCACACUUAAUAAUCACGACUCCCUUGUAAUCCUCGCCAUCAAGGCCACCCUCAAAAUCAGGAACUCCAACUUCUACUCUGUGGCAGUGACCAGCCUGUCCAGCCAAGUUCAGUACAUGAACACAGUCGUUGGGUCCCAUGUGACAACUAACACCUCCCUCAUUCCACCUCGGAGCGAGCGAUUGGUCAAUUUUACUGUGCAGGCGGAGAUGGGAGGCCCGUUCUCCUAUGUGUACUUCUUCUGCACAGUACCUGAAAUCGAGGUGCACAACAUAGUGAUCUUCAUGAGAACUUCAGUGAAGAUUUCAUACAUUGGCCACAUGACUGAGAGCUCCUUGGAGACGCAUCACUACGUGGAUUGUGGAAAAAACUCCUCCGCUGUUUAGAAACCGCUUUUGGUUCUUCCAUGGCAGCACCUGUCAGAAGAGACACGGCAUCUGCUUCCAGGGCCCGUACCUGCCCCAGGCGGUGGAGGUGGAGGAGAAACUGGUUCUCUUAGUCCCCAGCACACACCCUCCUGCCCCUUGGGAGGAAAACUCAACUCCAGCACCACUGAUGUUUCUCAUCGACCAGCAGAUCCACUGCCCAGCACCAAGCCUAUGCCCAGCACAUAGCAGACACUCACGGCUGAAAGAAUUCAAUUCAGAUCUUCUCGGCUGGCCCUGGAGCAGUUCCUGGAGCAUUAUGAAUUGGAAGCCCACCGUGGGACUCUGUCAGAAACCAGGGCGACGUGGAGCUGGGACUGUUGGUGCAGCUGCUUUCAGGACUGCAGCUGCCCGGGUGGGAGGGGAGGGGGGCGUUGGGACGCACAAAGAGAGCACAGACCACGCGGUGUGCGAAAUUGUUUCAUCUCCCAAAUGCCUAGUAACUUUUUUUUUAAGAAGCAGAACUUUUUUUCCUGGUAGAAUGUUCUAAUUGUUUUUACUAAGAGUCUAUGUGGGGCUUGAUUUACCCUUCAUCCAUUGGCUGGAACAUGGAUUUGGGAUUUGGUAGAAAAAUAAACCCUGCUUUUGGUUC